UCUUUUCCUCCCUGGCUGCUUGAAGACCAACUUUCAUCAUGAAUGACACAGUAACCAUCCGGACCAGGAAGUUCAUGACCAACAGACUACUUCAGCGGAAGCAAAUGGUCAUUGAUGUCCUUCACCCUGGGAAGGCAACAGUACCCAAGACAGAAAUCCGGGAAAAACUAGCCAAAAUGUGUAAGACCACACCUGAUGUCAUCUUUGUGUUUGGAUUCAGAGCCCACUUUGGUGGUGGCAAGACCACUGGCUUUGGCAUGAUUUAUGAUUCCUUGGAUUACACAAAGAAAAAUGAACCCAAACACAGAAUUGCAAGACAUGGCCUAUAUGAGAAGAAGAAGACCUCAAGAAAACAGAGAAAGGAACGCAAGAACAGAAUGAAGAAAGUCAGGGGGACUGCAAAGGCCAAUGUUGGUGCUGGCAAAAAGUGAGCUGGAGAUUGAACUACAGAAGGAGUAAAGAUUCUUCGGUGACUUUAUCUGUGAUGGUUGUGCAGAUUUUUCAUGAGAGGAUUAAUAAACUAUA